CGACCUUCGACUCAACUUCGUCUUCAUCGAAGACAACAAUGGCCACAGUCGUCUUCAACUACGUCGAAGAUGCCAACCCGAAUCUGGUCUGUUGCAUAUGCCGGGCACCGUUCGUGGAACCAUGUACCACACGAACGUGCUCGCAUACAUUCUGCCGGCCCUGUAUAAUCCGAUCGUUGGAGGUCUCCGAGCAUUGCCCAGUCGACCGCUCGACACUAUGCUUCGAGGAUCUCGAGCCUCCGAACCCGCUCGUGCGCAACCUCGUGGAUGAGUUGGUAGUCGAGUGCCCACAACGAUCUGCCGGAUGCGAUCAUCGUUGUCAGCGACAAUUACUGUCAUCACACGUAGCGGAGUGCGAAUACGUCGCAGUAGAGUGUCCGAUUGAAGGGUGUUCGGAGGUGGUGCAGAAGAAGAACGCUACGCUCGACGUACAUGAACGUCUUCACUGCGCCCAAUCAUCGGACGAUGUGGGCAGCGAGGUUGAAUCGGAGGACGAGGGUGAAAUAUUGCGCUGCGACUACUGCUCCGAGUCUAUAGGCCGAAUCACUGGACACCGAUCGGACUGUCCACUCGCACCCACGCCCUGCACGCACGCCUCCUCUGGGUGCCCCUUCAACGGCACCCUGGCGUCUCUCCCUGACCACCUCCUCACCUGCCCAUACGAAGCCAUCAAGGGAUUCUUAUCACUGCAAGCAUCCCGCGACGCCUCUCUCGCUGCCGAGAACGCGCGACUUCGGGAGGAAAAUGCGGUGCUCAAACAACGUUUCGGCGCGAUGGAAGGCAUGAUGGAGAUCAUGCGACGCGAGAUGCAGGCUUUGAAGGGCUCGCUGGGGCCGUGGUACCGCCGUGAUGUGGAGGGCGACUUAUAUGCGCCAACAACGACGACCUCCGAGGAUUUCGGGGUGCCCGAAGUGGAGUUUCCGGAGGACCUAGUCGCUUCGCCUGACAGCUCAAUACCCCCAUCCUCUCCUGAACUGGUCAACCUUGCCGCCUAUUUUCCACCUGCGCCAGCUGAUGACGCGGGCAGCACUGCUGGCAGUCCCAGUGCCCCGCCUAGCUCACGCCGGCGCCAGAGCUUCACCCCGCUUCUACCAGGUGCCACCCCAUACUCCACCAGCCCCAUGUCCACGCAAACGCAGCUUAACCUUUACUCGCCCUCCAUCGCGCCCUACUUUCCUCACCUUUCCAUACCAUAUCACGCCCACGGAUAUGCCUCAAGUCCAUCACAGGUGCAGCAGAUCCAGACGCCGGCGCAGACGCCGCUCUCCCACGCUUCCUCCGUCGCGCCUCUCAAUCUUUCCACGUCGCUGGAGGGAACGCUGAACGGCCUGCGCGAUUCGAUCGUCGCGCUUGCGUCAGCGCUCGAUUCUGUGGGAAGGCGGAGCGAAUUGACGCUUGCGACCGAAACCCUGAGGCUCAACGAGGACAUCGGAAGCGUGCGCGCUGUCCUCCACGGGCUUCGCAUGCAGGUGCAUUCGAUUAUGAUGGACCGCAACGCUCAAGUGACCGGGCGCCCGAAUGACGCACCUUCGGGGCCAGCGCGGCUGGUCCCAGGCAUGGGCGCCGCCCUUCAUCCGCCGAUGCCGCUGCCGUCCCCGUUCCCGAAGCUCUGAACGACGCAGUUUUGCUCGAUGGCACGCGGCAUCGGGAGCGGCAAUGGGGAGAACCUACAAAUCUCGGCGUCUUCGGGGUGGAACGGGGAACGGUCUUCGAUACAUUGCCAGGAGCUCGCUCCUCCCUUCGCAUUGAUGCAGGCGACCUUACCUUUUUCGCAAGGGAUCGUUCCGCGAUGUGGAAUUACCUUGGUAGGCUGGUUCAGGUCGAGCUGAGCUAGAGCCGAGCAAAGCGCCGAGGCGGUCUUUGCCCUCCGUUGCGUUCCGCAUCGACGCGGAAACCGGCGGCGGAGGAGAGUAGGGGGGGCAAUGCAAAGCGGCUGUUGGAUCGUCAGUCAUGAAUCUUGCGCGUUGGUCCCACAGACCGGCGCUUGACCUGAAUAGGUGAUCGCCGAGCUCUGGGGCUACUCAUAGUAACAACACCAAGUGUGCCCUACCACCCGUGUCCGCUUAUUCGUCUUGUAUAUUGCACGCCACGUAUUCAGAUCUUCGAUUAGAG